AUGGACCAAAUUAUUCUAAAUCAUCCAAAUACGUCGUUUACUUAUAAAAAUGAUUUUGAAAUUGUUGAAGUUAUUGUUUGCUUAACAGUUGAAGAUUAUGUGUGGCACCAACAUAGACCUGAAAUGGAUCCAUCGAAAACAAUCCACUCACAAGAUGCUUCUAGUUUCUCUUCAUCAAAUCAUCGGUUAGAAUAUCGAUCAUUUGCGCCAUCUGGAUUCUAA